AUGUCUGGACAGAACGGAGCUCAGUCACAUGCUGCUGAAGAACGAAAGGAAGUAGGCAAACCAUCUGAGAUUGGUAGUUCUUCUGGAGCCAGAGGUAGAACCCAUUCGCCAGAAAUAAAGUAUAGUGAGAAAGAAGAGGAUCAUGAGGAAGAUCCGGAGGAGGAUCCUGAAGAGGAUCCAGAGGAGGACCCAGAAGAGAACCCAGAGGAAGAAUUAGAAGAAGAGGAUUUUGAGGAAGAGGAACUGUUAGAUGAAUCAGACAUUGAAAAAUAUAAAAGAGGCAGAUGCUCUCCUUCUCUCCGAGGAAUGCUAAGAGUAGGGCUGUAUUCUUCUGAUUUUCUACGAAUGGUUGAGGGAGUCCCCGAUCUGAACGAAGAUAACACAACUAUCAACCGUAGAUACGUCAGAGGCUUAGGACCUGAGUAUGAGGCGGAGGCAACUCCGGUAGAAGAGUUAGGGGCUGACACACUGGCGUAG